UCGUGAAUCACAUUUAAACUUUUCGGAAUAAAGAAGUUUGAUUUGUUUAUUCAAAAAUGAUAAAAUGCCUAAUGCCGGAAUUAGAGGCAGUUUACAAUGACUAUCUAGCACUUAUUAAACCUGGUAAAACAACCAUGGAAGAGAAAUGGCUUCUCGGAUUUGUGGGUGACAAUAAGACAAAUUUGAAUGCUAUAGACAGUUACAAAAGUGAAAAGAAUUUUACAUCGGAAUUUAAAAGUAAAAUAUGCGUACCUCUAUUUGUAGAAUAUCUGAAAAUAGUAAACAAAAUACAAAACGAUGCUAACCACACAGAAAAGGACGUAGUUACCUUCGCCAAAGAAUGUCUUGAAAACGUAAAAAAAAUUCAAGAAGAUUUGCGGCACCACGACUAAAACAAUAAAAUUAAAAUAAAUAACUAUACAUAAGUAUAAACUAUUCCGGUUAUAAUAAAUAUCUUGUCAAGUC